GAGUUUUGUGUUGACGUAGGUAGAUUUGGACUGUGUGGGUUUUGGCAAAAUUUGAAGAGGACGUAUGCAUAGUUUUGUUGUUGUAGAGUAUAUAUUGCAGAGCCGUAUGAGACCGCACUCAUUGUGAUUGAAGGAGCUCUAUAUUCAUUAUCAAGCAGAAGAGGCAUUAAUGGCGGUGGUAGUGUCUGAGUUGACAGAGAACGUGGCAGGUGAACAUGCCCAGUUGGUCAUACCAAUCACUCUGUUCGUUGCGGUUCUCUGUCUCUGCAUAGUUAUCGGUCAUUUGCUUCAAGAGAAUCAAUGGGUUAACGAAUCCAUCACUGCCAUUUUCAUUGGAAGCAUAACUGGAACUGUGAUCUUGAUUCUGAGCAAGUGGAAAAGUUCUCACAUUCUCACCUUCAAUGAAGAAUUGUUCUUCAUAUACCUUCUUCCACCAAUUAUUUUCAAUGCCGGAUUUCAAGUCAAGAAGAAACAGUUCUUCCAUAACUUCUUAACGAUCAUGCUCUUUGGGGUUGUUGGAGUUUUCAUUUCUUCAUUAAUCAUAACAUCUGGCAGCUGGUGGUUAUUUCCUAGGUUGAAAUUCCAUGGUCUGACUGCAAGAGAUUAUCUUGUUUUGGGGACAAUAUUCUCAGCAACCGAUACGGUCUGCACAUUGCAGGUUCUCCACCAAGACGAAACUCCUUUGCUAUACAGUUUAGUCUUUGGCGAAGGAGUGGUCAAUGAUGCAACGACGGUUGUUCUGUUCAAUGCAAUUCAAAAGAUCGACGUUACUAAACUUAAUAGCAAAGCCGGUCUUCGUCUCAUUGUAGAUUUUUUAUACUUGUUUUCAACGAGCACUGCUCUUGGAGUCACUGCUGGACUUUUGACGGCAUAUGCCCUUAAAACCCUGUACUUUGGGAGGCAAGUAACCUUUAUGUGUUUCACUCGAAGCAAGAUAGUUUUGUGGGAAAUAUCAGGUUAUAGUCAAACUGUUUCAGUUAAAUUUGGUAUCCAUUGGAAUCUGAUUUUUCAAUUUGCUUACAGACAUGCAAGCAUUCGUGAAAUUGCACUGAUGGUUUUAAUGGCUUAUCUAUCAUACAUGUUGGCUGAGCUGUUUGAACUGAGUGGAAUACUCACUGUUUUCUUCUGUGGAAUUGUCAUGUCCCACUAUGCAUGGCAUAAUGUAACUGAUAGUUCUAGAAUCACAACCAGGUAUUUAUUUGCGAUGAUGUCAUUUGUAGCUGAGACGUUCAUAUUUCUUUAUGUGGGAAUGGAUGCUCUUGACAUUGAGAAGUGGCGGAUUAGUAAGUUAAGUUUUGGAACUUCAGUUGCCAUUUAUGCUACAAUAAUUUUACUUAUGUCUCUUGGACGUGCUGCGUUCGUAUUCCCUUUAUCUGCUUUGUCCAAUUACAUGAAUAGGCGUGCUGACAGAACAUAUAAAAUCACAUUCAGACACCAGGUAAUCAUAUGGUGGGCUGGACUUAUGAGAGGAGCUGUCUCCAUUGCUCUGGCAUUUAAACAGUACACAUUUUCUGGUGUUACCAUGGAUCCAACCGACGCUGUGAUGAUUACGAACACCAUCAUUGUUGUCCUUUUCAGUACAGUGGUGUUUGGUUUUUUAACCAAACCACUUAUAAGUUAUCUGCUUCCCAACUCUGCACCUAACAACCUCAGCCGUGAAGAGUCAAAGAUCCUUAAAGAAGAUAUGAACCUGCCUUUGCUCUCCUUUGAAGAAUCUGCUACAACCAACAUCCUUCGAGCAAAAGAUAGUUUAUCCAUGCUGAUAGAAAGGCCUGUUUAUACAAUUCAUUACUACUGGAGACGGUUUGAUGAUGCUUACAUGAGACCUAUAUUUGGAGGGCCAAUCAGCAGUAGUUCUUCACGUUAAGUGAAUGACCCUGAAGCAGUGUGUACUCGGGAAAAAAAAAAAAAUGGAAAAUACUGCAAGGUGACGAACACACUCAAGUAAAAUGAUGAAAGCGAUAAAUGGUUUUAAACUUUUUGGGAAGUGCUCCAUAUGUCAUGGGAUUCAAAUGAUCUCAAGAACAUGAAUAUUUUCUCAGAUGGGAUUGGAUAUUGUAACAUUUUGUUUUCUGAAUUCACUAUCUGGGUUCCAAAUGUUUGUUGUAUAGCUUCAAUCUUUUAACAAAAUGAAUCGUGGAGGCUGAAUAAUAAGAAUUGUUAAGAUGA